UGUUGAAUUUUCCCUGCACUCCGUUUAAGCGGCGAUGGCUAAAUAUCCCUCAACAGCUGAUGCUAUUGGACGUGUGUUUGAAUGUUCAGACUUUAAAUUGAGCAGCCAAGAGACUUCCUAUCUUUUGAAGUCAAGCUUUAAGUUGGAUCUACCAGCAGAUAGAGUGCAACCUAUUUCAGCCAUGCAGAGGAGAGCCUACCUGGACUCCAUAGUUAUUCCCAGUCUGGCAUACCAGAGCUAGAUUCCUUUGAGACAAUGCCUAAUUUUGGGUGGGAUGAAACUGAUCCGGAGCAUCAGAAGCUGCUUCCGAUGCGCACUGUAAUUGAAAAGUUAAGUUCUGCUGCAAGUGUAUGGCAAUGGAAACCAAGCGAAUCCAUAUUUAAGUUGGUUAUGAUGCUUUUCCUUCUGAAAAUGCUGUGGCAGAAAGAAACUUGGGGGAUUGCUUGCUCACUUGCACAGAGCUCAGAGAAAAUAAAUGAGAUUGCUUGCUGGUAUGCCAAGGAGGGUAAACUGAUUGAGCUGUCUAUUAUACUAAUGCUGGCAAGGGAGAAGGUCAUGCGCCCAAUUGUCUUUCGAAUUAGGGGCGAGAAAUCUCAUAGGUCCAUGACAUUUCUACAGUUCGUCAAUAGUGAAUUGGCCCAAGCAAUUGAUCUGGAGUGCAGAUUAACUGGAAGAAAGACAAAGCUAGAAGAAGAACUGAAAAAGCUAUGCAAACAAAGGAAGUUGGUUAUGAUGUCUGCUCUUGGGCUGCUAGAAAUUUUUGAGAAGGCUGGUGCUGCCCUUCAAACAUACUUUUGGUCAGAGAGAGGAAAUGUGCAAAAGGAAAAAGUUAUCAAAGAGGUCUCCGUGCUGCUAUCAGAAGCUGGUUUCAACUUAAAAGAAGACAUUGAACUGCAUGAUCCAGUUGACAGUUGGAUGGAGGUUGAACAACAGAAUGAGGCACUACAAGAUCCACACACGAGUUCCGAAAUGGCUACAGAAAGAGGAUGUCAAAUGCAACACCUUACAAGGCUGUGUUAUGUGUUUCCGUGUGGUUUUGUUGAGACACAUGGUUCAUGUGGUGGUAGGCCCAAUGACAUGAGGAACUUUCUUUUCACACGAUAUCCAAGGGAGUGCUUUAAUUUGCCAUCUGGUGCCCAGUCUUUUCGUGCAUUUUGGACAUCAAAAGACAGUAAAGCCAGCUAUUGUACUGGCUUUCCAAAAGCAUUGGAGGUUCAAGGCGGUGCUGUGAGAGGAGUCGUCAAUUCGCUCGUGCAGAAAUUUCCAGCCAGCAAGCGUUUUGCCUCCGUUGCAUUAGCAGUCAUUAGACAUGCUGCCUGAUAUCGAGUGCUAUGUGAAAGGUAAUGUGAAACAAGUUCUUUAGAACCUGCUACUUGUAAGUUCAGGUAUUUUAGUUUAGGAUGUUAUGGUGGUUUGUUGAUUACUUUUUAGGUCGCAGUCCUAGUAAAUUUAGGUGUUAUGGGGA